AAUUUAAUGCACACAUUUCUCUCUGCUUAAAAUAGGCCUUUAAAAGAAACCUAGAGAAUAAAAAUUAAGGUGAAGAAAGUCUAGCAGUUACUUAUGGCUCAAACUAUGUUGUUCAUGCCUGGUGUUUCCACAAAGGGCGAUCCUUUACUCGCAUUCCAAACUCAGAGAUUAAGGCCGAAACCAUUUUCCCAUCUUCUGUUUAACCCCCUGUCUGAUAAUGCUUCUGUUGCUUUUUCGUCUAAACCAUUCACUGCUUUUGCUCUCUUCAAAUCAAAAACCAAGGCCCCUCCCACGAAGGCUGUGGCGAAGCCAAAACCUCAGGUUGAAGAUGGUAUCUUUGGCACCUCUGGAGGGAUCGGUUUUACAAAGCAAAAUGAGCUCUUUGUGGGUCGUGUUGCCAUGAUUGGCUUUGCUGCUUCUUUGUUGGGAGAGGGAAUAACAGGAAAGGGGAUUCUAGCUCAAUUAAAUCUAGAGACAGGAAUUCCAAUCUAUGAAGCUGAACCCCUUCUAUUAUUUUUCAUCCUUUUCACCCUGCUUGGAGCCAUUGGAGCCUUGGGAGACCGUGGAAAAUUUGUUGACGAUGAACCAGCCACUGGACCUGUGAUUCCUCCUGGAAAAAGCUUCAGAGCUGCAUUGGGUCUCAAAGAAGGAGGUCCCUUGUUCGGAUUCACAAAGGCGAAUGAGCUGUUUGUAGGAAGAUUGGCUCAGUUGGGCAUUGCAUUUUCUUUGAUCGGAGAAAUCAUAACGGGGAAGGGAGCUCUAGCUCAACUCAACAUUGAGACUGGAAUUCCUGUUAAUGAACUUGAACCCCUUGUGUUGUUUAACGUUGUCUUCUUCUUCAUUGCUGCAUUGAAUCCUGGAACAGGUAAAUUUGUCACUGACGAAGAGGCAGAAUAGAUAGUCUUUAAGCGCUGAUUAUGUUUACAUAAACAAACUUGCAUUUUAUUUAUGUAAAAUCCUAUACUCUGUUUUUUA